GCACUUACAUCACCCAGCCAUUCUCUCUUGCGUUGGUAUACUUUGUGUAUAUAUACCCCCCACCUUGUCUCUAUUUGUGUGUAUAUAUACCUCUAGCACUGCACCCCUUUGUUUCCAUUUCAUCUUCAUUUGCAGGAAAAUGGCGGAGGAGAAUUUGUGUGAUUCCAGUUCCAGCCCUCUGCGCAAGAGAGCAAGAGAAACGGAAGAAGAAGAAAAAGGGGGUGAAAUCAGCAGUAAAAAUGCUGAAAUUGAUGUCGUACCAGAGGCCAAGCGGAUUUACAGCGGGCCUGCGCAGGACGCAGAUCUCAUGGCGCUGCUUGACAGAAUCGAGAAAAUGGACGAGUUUACGGAGGAGGAGCGAGUCGUAAAGAAUUCUGCGGAAGAAGAAAUGAGCUUAAAGGAUUCGUCGUCCUCUAAUGGCGAUGUGGAAAAUGAGUUCAACUAUAAUCUCGUUUUGGAUGCUGCAGAUGAGCUUCACAUGAAUUACUUUGAUUUCUGUGACGAGGAUUUGAUGGCCGUUUAUUCUGCGACAAAUUAUGGCCUUUUGCAUGACUAUACGGAGAUCACAGGGAGCUUGUGGGAGGAUGAUAUUUGGCAGGUGAAGGACGCCGCUUCUAAUGACCUUUCUUCUCAAGUUAGACAUGGAUGAUGAUUAAUAAACCACAGAGAGCCGCUUGCAUUUUAUGUACUGUGUUUUUUUACCAUCCUUUUCUUUUCAAAUACUGAAUCGUCGUAUAUAUAUGUACAAUGAAUGGCGAAGAAAGAUGUAAUUCUGAAGCCAAAAGAGUCCUCAAAAAUGUAAUUUCUAGGGUUACGAAAGAUAAAUAUUUUCUCAAAUCUAGGGUUUCAUUACUGUGUGUAUAUGAACCGUUUGUUUAAUGUCAUACGAGCCUUCAACUAACUUGCCUGGACUACGAAUAUAAAGCCCUUCAAUACUGAAACUUUUUUCUCCAUUAAUGUUAAAACUGUUUGUUCAUGGAAUUAAUGCUAUUUGAUUAUUCUGAA